CAUCAUACAUGCUGACAGCCAUAGGAAGCGAUGGGCAUGUGGUGAACUGCACCUCCUCAGUGAACAACUGCACCCUGGCUAAUCUGCAUUGUGGACAGACUUACACUUUAAACAUCAUAGCAAAAGGAGACAACUGCAGCAGCCCUGCGCACACUUCAACCUUCAGAUCAGUCCCUUGUGCGCCCACUGGUCUUUCCGUGGAUAUCAGCUGUGAGACAAACUCUGCCGUCUUGUCUUGGGAUGCCAGUGAGGGCGCCGUGGAGUAUUUUGGCUGCGCCCAACCUGUGAAUGGAGAGCCCCUUUACUGUGAUGGCCCCAACCCCCACUGCACAAUCGAAGGCCUGGAGUGUGGAGAAAUGUACAAUUUCUCUGUUGAAGCUUCUGACGGCGUCUGCAACAGCUCAUUUAGUUCACCUCUGCAGGAGGGAGCAGCUCCAUGUGCUCCGACUGAUCUGACGGUCCGAAUGCAGAGGAUCGGUCAGGCCCACUGGGCUAUGAUGUCGUGGGAGAAGGUGGAUUGUCCAGAUGUGGAGUACCUGGCAGAGAUAACCGGUCGACUCCAGGACGACCCACAAGCCAUGAUGGUGGUGUCAUCUUACUGGCUUCCCAGGGCAUACUUUGAGUUCCCCAUGCCUUGCAGCAUGGCUUACAACCUCACCGUCCGCUCCAAGAACUCAGCCGGGGUCAGCGAGCCAUCCAGUCCUUUUACUGGAGUCACAGUGCCCUGUGCUCCACAGAAUGUGAUAUUCACUGGAAACACAGAGUCUGCCAGGCUGUCCUGGGACUCAUCAGUGUUUGCAACAGAAUACAAAGUCUUCGAUGUGUCUGGAGCAGUUCCUGUGGAGCUCUGCAGCACACCUGAGCUCUUCUGCCAGGUCAACAACUUUGAUCCCUCCUACACCACUGUUGUAGCCAUCAAUGACGAAGGAGUGAGCAUCGCUAGCACUGACAUUACAGGUCCAGUAAACAGAAGAAGAAGAAGAGAUCUGAGGACAACUCAAGUCUACGGCCAUUUACAUAAUGGUCCUGAAAUCCCAGAAAAGCUGAAUGUCAAAGUAAGUGGAGUGUCUUUGGAUAUGACGUGGUCAAAAGUGAAGGAUGCAACAGAGUAUACAUUAAUAAUCGAGGAGGAACAGAACGAGCAGGAGCCGCCCAGAGUGAGAAGCGUAGAAGAGGAUUUUCACACCGAGACUGACCUCAAGCCCUGGACCACUUACAAUGUCAGACUUAGAUCCAAAAAUCCCAUUAGCCAAAGCGACUACAGCAGCCCAGUGAGAAUAACAACUGGUUCCUCCUAA